AAUGCAUCAGUGCCACAGAAAAGAGAGAGAGACUGCUCUCUGCAUCACACCACUCUAUCUUUCAUUUACAUUCCAGACGCUGGCUCCUCUCCGGAGAGCCCCUUCUCCGUUUGAAAUGCCAAUCACCACUUGCUGUUUCUUCAUCCUGGAUCACACGUACUUCCUCCUCAUUGAUGUGAGGGAGCUGGGAGCCUGGCACGUGCUAAAGAGAUUCCCCACUCUUCAUUCGAUUGACGACUGACAACUGAAGUUUCUGCAAAUACACCACUUCUUUUUUGGGAUUUGUAGGAAUAAACAAUUGGACUACGUUCUUGUGAGGAAUCUUCAGUGUUCUUUCGCUGUGCGCGAUCCUCCGGACUAAGGACAGUUUGAGAGCGACUGGGACUUCUGUGAUCAGAGUGGCAAGGAGUCCGCUUCCUCUGCUUUUUUCCUUGUGCAGGUCCUGUGCCGGCAGCUGCCUGCCCUGCUCAGGCACAGCUGUGCUUCUGGGGGACUGGUGGGGGACUGAAAAAAGAAGAGGGUUUAUUUGUCCUGCACUGCUGGUGGGGUUUCAUCCAGAAUUUAAGCCAGACUGACCACCUGCACCCACAAUAGAAAACUGUAUGAUUCAGUUUUUUUUUAAUCAGUAAGUGACUCUCCCCAGGAUACCGUCACUGUGUGUGUGUGUUGGUGAAAGGAUUGGUGUGGACGCUGAGGACUAGCGACUCAUGUUGCUGCUGAUAUGAAAGGCACCUGGCACGGACACCUCCCCCAUGUCUAUCAGGGGCAGCCGUACUGUAGGCAGCCUUUGCUAAGCUAGGCCCCCAAGGAACUAGCACCCUAAUUGUGUGCCCAAGCGCACCCUGAACAAGAUGAACACCACUGAGUUGAACUAUAGCACAGAACCCUUCUGCCUGCUGGACAUUGGCUACUCUCAGAACUUUAACACCUGCCUGCUGGAAGUAGCUGUUAUUUUCUUCUUGACAGUGCUCAUCAUCUCUGGGAACCUGGUGGUUAUAUUUGUUUUCCACUGUGCCCCGCUACUCAGCCACCAUACCACUAGCUCCUUUAUACAGACUAUGGCAUACGCAGACUUCCUGGUUGGGGUCAGCUGUCUUAUCCCCUCUUUGUCUCUUCUGCAACAUCUGGAGGGUUUGAACGAGAAACUCACCUGCAUGGUCUUCAGCUACAUGGUCUGUGUGUUGAAAAGUGUCUCCAUGGCCUCUCUGGCAUGCGUUAGUGUUGACCGUUACGUUGCCAUCACCCGACCUCUUUCCUACACAGCUCUGGUCACACCCUGCCGUCUUCGCACUUGCAUUACCCUUAUUUGGCUGUACUCAGCGCUCAUCUUUUUGCCCUCUUUUUUUGGUUGGGGAAAGCCGGGAUACCAUGGUGAUGUAUUUAAAUCUUGCUCCUCCUGGGACACCCAGCCCCUUUUUACCGCCUUUAUAGUUGCAGCCCUCUAUGCACCAGCUGCCUUAACAGUUUGUUUCACUUAUGCCCAUAUCUUUCGGAUCUGUCGGCAACACACUCGGCAGAUCAGUCAGCGAAGAGCUCGCUUUGGCCCACAGGAUCCUGAGCCAGGUGAGCAAGCUUGCACGGACAAACGCUACGCCACCGUACUCUUCCGUAUCACCAGUGUGUUCUACCUGCUCUGGCUUCCCUACAUCAUUUACUUUUUACUGGAGAGCGCAGGGAUAUACCACCAUGCCAUUGCCUCAUUCCUGACCACAUGGCUGGCCAUUAGCAAUAGUUUUUGCAACUGUCUCAUUUACAGCCUGUCUAACAGCGGCUUCCGUAAAGGCCUCAAGCGCCUCUGCCUGCUUUGUCUGCAACGCACCGACACCAAGAAGCCCCUAGGAGAUCCACCAGUGCCUCCGCGCCCUGUGUGCCAUGUGUAACGCCAUCGUUUGGCAAGAUAGUGAGCUUUAUGUUGAUGGCAAGGGCCUUGACAAUUAAGUGGAUCCUGAAGCUUGGUUUCGGCAUCUGUGCACUAUCCUAGUUCGGUCCCGGUGUUCUGAAUGAGGCUGGAUGACAACGGUCCGUUUGCCUUUAUGUAUAGCUGCAGGAUUACCCAGUAGGAAGAAAUGUACCUUUGACCGUGGUCAUUAGAGAUGAAGUGGACAACUAUGUGAGAGUGAGCUAUUCUCAUUGGUGUUUUGAGAUAUACCAUUCUCAGCAGUUUUUGCUACAACGAUAAAUUAAGCAAUGAGGAAAGGAGAUAAAUCUAAUUCUGUGAGACAGAAUUGUAAUUAUGAAGUAUUUAGAUUGCAUUAAAUAUUGUCUGUAUGCAAAAACACUUUUUAUUUAUGACAAUAAUGCGAAGACUGAGUUUCACUCAGCAAAUGUCUUAUUAAAAGAAGACAAGCUCAUGUCUUUCAGCUAGCUGGUCUUUUAGACUUUGUGGUGAAUUUACCUGCCUUUGUGGACUUUUAGUUCUGCUCAUGUUGUCAGCACAGCGAGUAACCAAUAGUCUCUGUUUCUCCAGUUAACUUGCUCACGUCUGUUUAAAUGUAGGGAGAAAAGAAAGAUCUGCUAGACUGAUGUAAAAUCUAAAGAAUUAUAGACUAAAUGUUCAAAUGAUCUUCUGACAGUCUCUGACAGAGACUCUGCAAAGAUUAAGAGCCCAAGGGCUGACCUGGUUUCGGACUCAUAAUCUUAGUUAUGUUUUUACUAGUAAUAUUCAAUUCUUGCCUCGUAAUUUCCAAGGAUAAUCUGAUCACUACCCUGCUCUCAGUGGAGGAAUGCGUUUGCUAGAUCUCCAGUGUUUCUUGUCUAUGAAUCAGUGAUGAGUCUUGACCUUCAGCAAUCACAAUUGGAAUUUUUCUAAAGCCCUUUUCCCAAAGAGCAGAAUUCUACUCUAGCCCCUAAGCAAUGCCACGAUUACAUGGUCUUCCUAUUUUCUGCUUAUUUAAAGCCAUGAAGGGAUUACAUAACCACGCCUCCAGUCAGAGGACAUCAUCCUUUACGCACUAAUACAACAGCAAACAGACGGCACAUUGUACCUGAUUCCUUUCUAACCCUAGAUCGCAAUGGAGAUGAACUUCCUUGCUGAAACAAACAUUAUCACCCCAGCAUCAACUCCAAUUCUAUAGGCUAACCAUCCCGCAAAUCAUUCUGAAAGGUCUAUUUAACUACUUGGAGUAUUUUAUCUGAUUCAAAUUGGAUUUCAGUUUAAUUUGAAUGUCUCCUGGACAGAAUGACUCUUGGACUUUCUUUCCCUCUACCCUGCGGUUUCAAUCCUCUCUUGCC